AUGGCAGACUAUAGUAAUAGCGGUGAUGGUGGUGGUGGUAGCAUCGGUAACGGUGGCGAAGAUGGAGUUGUUAUAGAGCACGAAAAGUUGUUGCCAAUCGCCAACGUGGGACGGAUCAUGAAGCAAAUUUUGCCUUCCAAUGCGAAAAUCUCGAAGGAAGCUAAGGAAACUAUGCAAGAAUGUGUGUCGGAGUUCAUCAGCUUUGUAACCGGGGAAGCCUCAGAGAAGUGCCGGAGGGAACGGAGGAAGACUGUGAACGGGGACGAUGUGUGCUGGGCGUUGGCGUCGUUGGGCUUCGAUGACUAUGUUGGACCUCUGAAAAGGUAUUUGCAUAAGUAUAGGGAAGCAGAAGGAGAGAGAUCAAGGUUUGAUGGAUACUGA